CUACCCCCGGAGCUCCGCCUCGCGCUCCGUCGCGCACGCGUACUACGCCCUCAUGGAAUGCGCGAGGCGGCGGCUGGGCACCGCCAUUUUGGUCGGUGGCGGUAGGAACACGCUGUGUGGCUGAGACGUGAAGGCAGGAGCUGUUUCGGUCUCUGCAGUCCCCGCCACGGCGGGAUCGUUUUCUCCAAAAGAGCUGGAUAUUCUUACUUUCUUAAAAUUAUGGCGGACAAAUUAACAAGGAUUGCUAUUGUCAACCAUGACAAAUGUAAACCUAAGAAAUGUCGACAGGAGUGCAAAAAGAGUUGCCCUGUGGUUCGAAUGGGAAAAUUAUGCAUAGAAGUUACACCUCAGAGCAAAAUAGCGUGGAUUUCUGAAACUCUUUGUAUUGGUUGUGGUAUUUGUAUUAAGAAAUGUCCCUUUGGCGCCUUAUCAAUUGUCAACUUACCAAGCAACUUGGAAAAGGAAACAACACAUCGAUAUUGUGCCAAUGCUUUCAAACUUCACAGGUUGCCAAUCCCUCGUCCAGGUGAAGUUUUAGGAUUAGUUGGAACUAAUGGUAUCGGAAAAUCAACUGCAUUAAAAAUUUUAGCAGGAAAGCAAAAGCCAAACCUUGGGAAAUAUGAUGAUCCUCCUGACUGGCAGGAAAUUUUGACUUAUUUCCGUGGAUCUGAAUUACAAAACUACUUUACCAAGAUUCUAGAAGAUGACCUAAAAGCCAUCAUCAAACCUCAGUAUGUGGACCAGAUUCCCAAGGCUGCAAAGGGGACCGUGGGGUCUAUCUUAGACCGAAAGGAUGAAACAAAAACACAGGCAGUUGUAUGUCAGCAGCUGGAUCUAACUCACCUAAAAGAACGAAAUGUUGAAGACCUUUCAGGAGGAGAGUUGCAGAGAUUUGCUUGUGCUGUCGUUUGCAUACAGAAAGCUGAUAUUUUCAUGUUUGAUGAACCUUCUAGUUACCUAGAUGUCAAGCAGCGUUUAAAGGCUGCUAUUACUAUCAGAUCUCUAAUAAAUCCAGAUAGAUAUAUCAUUGUGGUGGAGCAUGAUCUAAGUGUAUUAGACUAUCUCUCUGACUUCAUCUGCUGUUUAUAUGGUGUACCGAGUGCUUAUGGUGUUGUCACUAUGCCUUUUAGUGUAAGAGAAGGCAUAAACAUUUUUCUGGAUGGCUAUGUACCAACAGAAAACUUGAGGUUCCGAGAUGCAUCACUUGUGUUUAAAGUGGCUGAGACAGCAAAUGAAGAAGAAGUUAAAAAGAUGUGUAUGUAUAAAUAUCCAGGGAUGAAGAAAAAGAUGGGAGAGUUUGAGCUAGCAAUCGUGGCUGGAGAAUUUACAGAUUCUGAAAUCAUGGUGAUGCUGGGGGAAAAUGGUACAGGUAAAACGACGUUCAUCAGAAUGCUGGCUGGAAGACUUAAACCUGAUGAAGGAGGUGAAGUGCCAGUUCUAAAUGUCAGUUACAAGCCACAGAAAAUCAGUCCUAAGUCUACUGGAAGUGUUCGCCAGUUACUACAUGAAAAGAUAAGAGAUGCUUACACUCAUCCACAAUUUGUGACUGAUGUGAUGAAACCUCUGCAGAUUGAAAACAUCAUUGAUCAGGAGGUGCAGACAUUAUCUGGUGGUGAGCUGCAGCGGGUAGCGUUAGCUCUUUGUUUGGGCAAACCUGCUGAUGUCUAUUUAAUUGAUGAACCAUCUGCAUAUUUGGACUCUGAACAAAGACUGAUGGCAGCUCGGGUUGUCAAACGCUUCAUUCUCCAUGCAAAGAAGACAGCCUUUGUUGUGGAACAUGACUUCAUCAUGGCCACCUAUCUAGCAGAUCGGGUCAUCGUUUUUGAUGGUGUUCCAUCUAAGAACACAGUUGCAAACAGUCCUCAAACCCUUUUGGCUGGCAUGAACAAAUUUUUGUCUCAGCUGGAAAUUACAUUCAGAAGAGAUCCAAACAACUAUAGACCACGAAUAAACAAACUCAAUUCAAUUAAGGAUGUAGAACAAAAGAAGAGUGGAAACUACUUUUUCUUGGAUGACUAGACUCAUAAGCCAUUUAUUAAAAAGAAACACUUACCUGGGAUGAUUGUUGUAUAGAACUUAAUUAGGUUUUAUGGCCCCACAUACUCUGGAGCUUUGAAGUAUGAUUUAUUUCAUGUAACAUCAACAGCGAGUUGCUCUGUAGAUUGUACACAGAAAACAGCGUUCUGUUCGGAAUGAUUAAGCAUAAUAUUCUAAAAUGAAGACAUUUCAAACUAUACACAUUGCCUCCAAGUUUUUUUCAUGAUGUAUGGCAAGAUUUUCAGUAGCUGUAUUAUCCUCACGUACCAAAUUCUGACCAGUGUUGCCCCAUUUUAAAAAUCUUGAAAGACUUCUGUUCUUAACCUGGUUUGCCACGUACGCCAGUACGGGGAAACUGCCCUAUUUUGAAAGCCAGUUGAAUACACUGAUGGGAUUUGAUAAAUAAACAUCAGGAUUAUAUUUGUUAUUUGAUCUCAGUCUUUGCACUAUUAUCAGUGUGUGGUUUCCAAGGAUGAUUGUCUACAAAACACCACUGUUGGAAAAAUGGGUAUUUGUUACCAACUUACACAUUGUUUUUAAUGUUUUGGUGCUUUUGAACAUCUUUAUUAAAAAUCAUUUCAGUGUGACUCAAGUGAAAGAAAAAAGAAAAACCCUAAUUUUACUCUGGAUUUUUCAGUUUUUGCAUUCUAUGAGAUUGUAUAAUUGUUUUCAAAGUAAUGUCAUUUUUUAAACAUACAUGUAUAUAGUCACUGAUCGAGAUUUAGGAAAAAGCGUUUCUUCCCUUAAAACUAGACUCAAAAGUCUUUCGAGUUUGUGCCUAUUAUCUGUGUUUUUUAGACUGCAGGUUUUUCUGAUGGGCAGCCAAAGACUAAAGCACUUCCGUGGCAGCACAAUGCAAGAGAUAGCAAUACAAACCCUUGGUACCUGACAUGCUCAGUUGUAAGUCUGGGUACAGAGAAAAUUAUUUAAACCUUACUAACGCACUAAAAUGGAGUGAGUGAGCAAACUAUGACUAAAUUAACGGGGCAGGCAAAUGGGAAAACUGGAAAUUACAGCUUCUUGACUAGAAGCCUUGAAUGACAUGCAAGCACUGAAUAGAAAGAUUGGUUUAUCUGGACCCUGUUAGGUUUUCUAAAAACUUAUGUCAGUAAUCUACAAUACGUGUUUGUUCUGGAAAAUGCAAAUAUGCAGAAGUAUAUGGAAUAAAAAUGAUCUUCCAUAUUACCCUCUCAGAGAUUACCAGUGUUCAUUAUUCUUGGUGCUUUUUCUUAAUGCACUUAAAGAGUAUAUAAAUGGUUUGUGUUGUAUGUAAAUGGAAUUACACUAAGUGGUUCUAUUUUUAAGGGUAGGUUAAAUUUG